CAUAAAUUGAAUUUUUAUGAAAAAAAAUAUGAGAACAAAACGAAUUGCACAUUGAGGCAGCUGGGCUUGUUUUUCCCACGGAUAUGACAGGAACAAACUAAGGCACGAAUGGCAUUUCUAUUAAGGAAGAUUUUAAAUCUUGAGGACGUUUCAGUCACCCAUACCUUGCUGUCAGCGCUUAUCUAGUGCGACUUUGCAAAUCAAACCGUUAUUGUCAGUAGUAAUAGUAGAGAGAUUUAACCCUCAAGUGGAAAAGGUGCCUGGAUCACGUUUCUCUGCUGACGAAAGCAAUUGUUGGCUACACGUACAUCAAGCUUCCCUCUUGCGUGCAACCCAGUUGAUAACCAGUGGAUUCGGCAGAAAAGUGGUCAAAUAAGCAACUUGUCUCAUGGUAAGUAAGCUUUUAUUGUGUUUAAUACCAAGAAUGCAUGUGAUCAAGUGGUUUUAGAAAAAAAAAACUAGAAUUUUCUGUUGGCCUCAACUGAAGACGAGUAUCUCUUAGCAUCUAAAUGGCGCAGUACAGUGAACAGAUAGAUGUUCUUCACAAAUACUCAAGUGAAGACUGAAAACGAAUUUGCAAGAGUGAAUUUCAAUUUAUGAUGGAUGUAGCACGCGUUGGAAAAUGUCGAGGAACAAUUUUACCUCUUUAAGUAGAGAUGUAAAUCGUCCUCGUGCUUAGUCAGAAGUCCCAUGUUUACAAUGACGUAUGAACUCCAUCUGUUUCACUAUUGAGAACUUUACCUAAGGCAUCGUGGAAAAUAUGGACGAAUUCGUGAUAUCACUACAUAUUAGAAUGAAGUCGUAACUGAAUCUAUCUUGCUCAUUUAGAGGAAGGGUCUUGAAACAGUGUGUAAAAAGCAGUGACAUAAUAAACAGGCGAUCGAACAUAACCGGCAGUACUAGUUUUCUCGGCCUUGAAUGCAGAUUAGUGACUCGAAUCAAUUAAUACUGAUUAAGUAGUUUACUUAGCCACUUAAAUUCUCUUGUUUGCUCUUACACUGAAUUCAAGUAACAUGCAAGGAAAAUUUCAAUGAAAGUCUUCGCAGAAUUGAAUGAAUUCUCUCUGACAAAAUAAACAAACCAAACCAAGCUUAAGUCAGCAAUGUCAAAUUGAGUGACCUUGAAGACUAGGAAAUAAAACUUGUUUAAUCGCAACCGGUUACAACUUCCUACAUUUUAGUGUCCGGUUUCGAAUUAAACCCGUCUUUCUUUAAACAGUUUAUCCUCGUAAAGAUUGAUGUUUUUUCACAAUCAUUGAAAAACUUUUAACAUAAAUGCCUCGAAAUGCAGCCGUAGAGUGGAGCUUGAAUGUGACAAAUGAAAAAUCGCUUGAUGACUUUGCGAGACAAGAAUAAUUGGCAUGUUUUACAGAGGAGCACUGGCUAGAAGUCUGUCUUUCUGAUGAAGUCAAAGGUAAGACACUUAGCAAUGUUAUUAUUUUGCAGGAGUUGACGUUAACAGAAGGACAAAUAGCAGGUAGGAAAGUAAAGAGCACGAGCAUGGUGCUCGACCUGCCUCGGUGCAGGGAGGCUAUCUUACAUAAUUUCGAGAUUGCUUAAGUAUCGGACUGAUGGUUCUCUGAUCAUGCACUUAGGGUUUUUGCACUUCACAGAAAAUAGGAAUGACCAAAGAAGCUUUGCCUCUGUUACCUUUCACCUUGAACGACUCUUUAGCAUGAAGGAAGAGAAGUUAACCAUAAAACUCACGAUAUUUCAUCGGUUUUUGGCAACUGGGAUAUUUUUACAAGGAUUAUGGCUGAAAACAUCUGUAAAAGAUAGUUCGGAUCGCUAAUUUCGAUGAUUGUAGUUUCUUUUACAUUGUGGUUGUGCGGUUUUGUCGACUUGUGGAACAGUUUUAAUGUCAGUCAAUAAACCAUGAUGGACUUGGUAACUAAAGUGAGAAUGAAGACCCAGUUGCAGAGAAUAUUUUACAUACACCAUAAAUACCUACCACACUAUACCCUUAGUUUAAUCUCAUUCAUCAUUAUCUCAUUGUACUGGUUACUUGUAGUUCGUUCAAUUUUAGUUCAUUUAGUUUAGUGAAGUCGGCCUUAACAACUGUUUGAUGUUUAUUUUACAGAUUUUAAGGAGGCUUUCUCUCUUCUUGAUAAAGACGGUGAUGGUACCAUAACCACAAAGGAGCUUGGGAUACUAAUGAGGUCCCUGGGUGAAAAUCCAACCGAGCAGGAACUGGAAGAGAUCAUCUUAGAAAUCGACAUGGACGGUAAAAAUUGUCAGAUACAAACAUUCUCUAAACUAGAAAGCAUCAUCACUUCCGGAUACACUGAAAGUUAUUUGUGCACUCUUUUGGCUAGCUUUUAUAUUUUCACGAUAUACGAGUAAUUUACAUAUUGGCGGCAAAAAGGUUUUUAUCCCCAAACUGAGCACUUGCCUUGCACAAAUGUAAAAUUAUCUUUCCAUGUAAUUAGUUUAGCCUUUCAACUCCCAUUAGAGACCAAGACUGAAUUUCUCCUUACAAUAUCAAUUGAAUUUCAAGCAGACAAGUGAUGCGAAUAAAGGAAAAUAUCAAUAAGGGGAGUAUAAGUUGAUCCAAUACUACAUUCUCCGAACUAACAUGAUAAGAAUUGUAUUGUACACAGUAAGGAGAAUUAUGAAUAAGAUCUGGAAGUGAAACGGCGAAGAAUUUAGAAGUGGGGUGGGGUAAGAAACAGAGUAAUGAAAGUUAUUGAAAAGAAAUAGAUCGGUCUGAUUCUGUACGUUUAAACUGAACUAGAUUUACAUUUUUCUUUUGAAGGCAAUGGCAUCAUUGACUUCAGAGAAUUUCUCCACCUGAUGGAUACCCGGAUGAAAGAAACAGACACAGAAGCAGAGAUACGAGAAAUGUUCAAAGUGUUUGACAUGGAUGGUAACGGGUUUAUAAGUGCUGAAGAAUUCAAGUGGACCAUGAUGAACCUUGGUAAUCAGUUGACCGAAGAAGAAGUCAACGAGAUCAUCAAAACGGCUGAUUUGAAUGGCGACGGACAAAUUGAUCUGGAAGGUAAUUUCCAUUUUUUUUUUUUAUUCUCUUCUUUUUCAUGUCCAGUGUUCGGAUGUUUCAUCGGUGUUUGAUCUUUGCGACUUUUUCUCUUUGCCUGUCAGUUUUGUUUGCACAUGUGAUAUAACGACUGGCUAACCCAGUCUCGUUUCUUGGGGUUAAUAAAAUUAAAAGUUUAGGUAAGUUUCCAAGCCAAUUUAUAUUUUUUGACCUUGUUUACCAAACCCUCACCAUAGGGAUUAAUAGAGGUAAAUAGUCUAUCUAUAAUUUCUUUGCGACUAAAUAUUUAAUUACACGAUUAUUACAAAAGAUAACAUCAAUAGUAAUAUUGAAAAUAACUACCAGUAGUUAAAAGAAAGUUUGUAUAAACUCUAUUUCCAACGCAUCGCCUAAGCUGACUUAUUUCUCUUUCAGAGUUUGUCAAAAUGAUGUCCUCAUGAGCCAGCACGUGCCAUUAUCAUUAUUUAAUGGUACAGAAGUUGUGCACUGGGCACUCAAGACACAGGAUUGUUUCUGGCAUCGUGCUCUGUGUUUCUCUGAACGUGUCUGUAGAAAUGAGUGGGACUCAAACUAUCCAGAAGUUAUGAACUUACACAAUAGUGUGACAUUACAAUGUUCAAUCAAAGUUAAGGAUAAGCCUCUAGCAAUUGAUUAUCCUAAUGAUUUGUAUGUUUUACGUAAUUUUAUAUAGUAACUGACAUCAGUACUGUAAGUGCCUUGGUUGUUCAAAAACCUAUCGUUUGUUGCACUGAUAAAACCGUAGAAAAUUGAAGUAUAUUUUACAAAAGCAAUGGACCGCCCUUUCUAUCGAUUUACCGGCGUAAUAACCCAAUUGGGAUGUUGGGAGAACACAAGAAAAGUCGGUAAAUCACUUGCUUUAGGCUCUUGAUUUACCAACUUCUCUCGUGUUCUACCAACAUCCUAAGUGGGUUAUUACGCCGGUAAACCUAUCGAAAGUACGGUCCAUUACCAGGACCUUAAGAAAUGUGUAGAGAACAGUAUGGUGAAUAUGCAUACUGAUGUUAGGCUGCAAACGGUUGAGAGUGUACACCUUCCAAUGCCUAUAUUUUUAGCCUUUCAGUGAACUAGGUUUGUUUCAUUUUGUUCCCUUUUUCUAGCUUAGUUUUUUUCCUUCUUUUUUUUUUUCCUCUUUUUUAAUCACUGGUUUUCUAAUUUCCAUUUCCAUUUUUUAGUUUUGUUUAUGUGCAGCUGAGUAAGUUGUAUCUUUCAAAACUAAGUCGAUUUGGGAGCUAAAUGUGCUUUGUAAAAAACGCGUUUACGAUCUUCGUCAUUGUGGAAACGUUUCAGUAGUUUGAAAGAAAAUUAAUUUGUUUUUAUGCCGAUCACCUUGAACGCCUGGUAUGUAUGCUGUAAAAUUAAUUUAAACUUCUUAACGUUCUUAUGAAAAAGUCCUAACGAAAAGCUUAAAUCAUUUAUUGAUCGACGUUUUCCCCAGAUUUGCCGUCAUGGCUCCCUAGGAUCCCUAAUGAGGUCUUUCUAACGAUGAUUUAAUCAAUCAAUUCUGACUUAGUCAGUUCGCAUGAACAGUCACU